AUGCCGCCGAAGUAUACAAUGUUUACAAUGUCCGACCCAGAGUCUGAAGCUGAGGGUGAGGUGCCCAACACUCCCUCUGACCAAAUUCUUGAGAAGAGCCUUCGCGACCAAGUGGCUGCGAUCUUCAAGUCGGGGAACAUGGAGGAAUUGACCGUGAAGCGCGUUCGACUUGCUGCGGAGGCUACACUUGGUCUCGCAAAGGGGUACUUUAAGUCUACAGGUGACUGGAAAGGGCGGAGUGAGAAUAUAAUCAAGGAUGAGGUGGCAAUACAAAAUCCACAACCCCAAGCCCCUGAAAAGUUCCCCUCUCCUCCCCCGAAGCCCAAGCCCACCGCCCCUGCGAAGCGGGCCAAAUCCGAGACGGUGCCGAAACCUAGGAAGCGCCAGAAGACUAAGACGCCGGUGUCCGAUGAGGAAGAAGAGCUAUCAGUCCCGCCGUCCGACGAGAGUGACGAGGUCACAAAGCCAAAGAAACGGUCGAAAGCGUCAAUAAAGAAGUCACCAGUGAAGGUCUCCGCACAGAAACCCAAGAAAGAUAUGUCAGAUGCUUCUGAUUUCUCUAAUGAUGAGAGUGACGAUGUCUCAAUGCCCAAGAAACGACCGAAACCAGUGAUGCAGUCGCCAUUGAAGAAAUCUCCAGUGAAGAAGUCGCCAGCGAAGAAGCCCUCCGUACACAAACCCAUGAAAAAUGCAUCAGACGCUUCCGAUGUUCCCGAUGACACUUCAGAUGCCGCCAAAGAGACCAGGGAUACCAAGGAUGAUUCUGAAAGCGAGAUGUCGGUUGUGCUUGACGAAGAGCCUCAACCUAAGGCCCCACGCAAGCGACAGAAGAGCGCCGGGGAAACUGCGACCAAGACCAAGAAGAAAGCUUCCAAAGCCAAGGAUGAGGAUAUCAGCCCAGACCAGGCUGAAAUCAAACGACUGCAAGGAUGGCUCGUCAAAUGUGGGAUACGUAAGCUGUGGGGUAAAGAGCUGGCGCCGUAUGACACCCCCAAAGCCAAAAUCAAGCAUCUCAAGCGGAUGCUGGAGGAUGCUGGAAUGACUGGCCGGCCAUCUCAAGAAAAGGCAAACCAGAUCCGCGAAGAACGGGAGUUGAAAGCGGAUCUAGAGCAGAUCCAGGAGGGCGCAAAACAAUGGGGUGCCAAGAGUGACGAGGAUGAUGAGGAUGCGAAGCCUCGGCGUAAGCUGGCUCGGGGGCGACAGUCGCUUGCAUUCUUAGAGAGUGAUGGCGAAGAGACUGAUUGA